UUUUUUUUGCCUUUUUUAUCAUAACAUACCAUAUUUGAUAUGACAACGCGAGAACAACCUAUUCGUCAAACCAAUAAUAACGAUACCUCUUGGACUUCCUGGUUCUCUCAGUUUUUAUUCAAUCAUUCAACUUCAUCAACAAUAGAAAAUGACAAAAAGGAAGAAGAAUCUGACCUACUUCACCCUUCACUACGACGACAAGUGACUAGAAGGAUCCAAUUGACACGACGUGGUCACCUUGUACUUGAAUGCAGAAUAGCUGAUCGAUUACUGGAGGCCAUUCCAUAUCAAGCCGAGCCUGAAUUCAGGACUAUGCGAUAUACUGCGAUAUGUUGUGAUGCUGAUCAGUUUGCUACUAAUGGAUAUACUUUACGACAGCAAUUGAAUCAACGGAAAACGGAAUUAAUGAUCGUCAUUACCAUGUACAAUGAAGAUCAUAUCUUAUUUGCACGAACAUUAUAUGGAGUGAUGAAAAAUAUCUCACAUCUAUGUAAUCUCAAACAAUCAUCCACGUGGGGUACUGAUGCUUGGAAAAAGGUGGUGGUGACGAUUGUAGCUGAUGGUAGAAAGGUGAUACAUCCUCGAGUGAUUAGUAUUUUGUCUACUUUAGGCGUGUUUCAUCCUGGUGUGGCCAAGAAUCAAGUGGAUCAAGUACCUGUUCAAGCACAUCUUUAUGAAUAUACUACACAAAUAUCUAUUGAUGGUGACAUGAAUAUCAAGGGGGUUGAUAAGGGGAUUGUACCAGUACAAAUCUUGUUAUGUAUCAAGGAAAAGAAUAAAAAGAAGAUAGAUUCUCAUCGAUGGUGUUUCAAUGCUUUUGGUAAUGUACUUCAACCUAAUGUUUGUGUUUUACUCGACGUGGGAACAAGACCAGGUUAUACGUCCAUUUAUGAGCUAUGGAAAGUAUUUGAUCGUUAUGCUCAUGUUGCUGGUGCGUGUGGUGAAAUUCGAGCUUCUCUUGGUACUCUGAACCAUCAAAUUUUUCAUCCGUUGAUAGCUGCUCAAAACUUUGAAUAUAAAAUGUCCAAUAUUUUGGAAAAACCAAUGGAAAGCGUGUUCGGUAUGAUCUCAGUAUUACCUGGUGCAUUUUCAGCUUACCGAUAUCAAGCACUUCAGAAUGAUAUGAAUCAACGUGGUCCAUUGGCAAGUUAUUUUUGUACCCAAGGUCCUGGUUUAUUUGAACGCAACAUGUAUUUGGCGGAAGAUCGUAUUCUUUGUUUUGAAUUAGUGGCGAAACGACAACAACGCUGGCUUCUACAUUAUGUCAAAACAGCUUUUGCUGAAACCGAUGUACCCAAUCGACUGGAUGAAUUGUUAUCACAAAGACGACGAUGGGUCAAUGGGAGUUUCUUUGCCGCAAUUUAUAGUCUAUGGCAUUUUUAUUUGAUUCCUUGUCAAAGUCGGCAUUCUUGGUCAAGAAUAUUCUUACUCUCAUUACAAGCUAUUUACAACAUCAUCAAUAUUAUUUUCAAUUGGUUGGCUAUGGGAAACUUUUAUAUCUCGUUUUACUUUAUUACUAAAGGAUUAGCUGAUCCAUCAAUAGACCCUUUUGGUCACGGUUGGGGUUUGAAGUUUUUCGAUUUCUUUCAAUUCUUUUAUCUCUUUUUAAUCACGGUGUUAUUCAUCUCAUCCAUUGGCAAUCGACCGCAAGGGGCAAGAGGGUUAUUCUACAUGUGUGUCUUUGGAUUUACAAUCAUUAUGGCUUAUAUGAUCUUCGGUACUAUAUGGCAAAUCUAUCAAAGUUUAGGCAAAACGACAAAUGGAAUUGGAUUCGGGGAACAACAAAAGAAUGUGUUGAUAUCUUUGAUAGUUACCUAUGGUAUUUAUUUUGUGGCAAGUAUUCUUUAUUUUGAUCCAAUGCCUAUGGUCACAAGCUUUUUCCAAUAUUUGCUUUUAUUACCUUUGUAUGUAAAUAUACUUACGAUCUACUCGUUUUGUAACACUCAUGAUGUUAGUUGGGGAACAAAAGGUGAUAAUGGUAUGUCUAGUGAUCUUGGUGUGGUCAAAAAGACGGAAACAGAUCAUACAGUGGAACUUGUAUUACCAGCCGAUGAAGGUGACAUUAAUUUGGACUAUGAAGCAGCACUAAAUGAUAUUAUGUCUGGGCUCCCAAUCAAACAAAGGAACCAUGGUCGAUCAAUGGAGGAUUAUUACCGGUCAUUUCGCACCUAUUUACUUUUAUUAUGGAUCACUUGCAAUGUUGUAUUAGUGGAGGUAGUUACUUCAACUGAUUACUCAUCCUUAUUCCAAUCAUCUACAGGUACUACUUAUAUGAUGAUAUUAUUAUGGGUCAAUGCUGGAUUGAAUAUAUUCCGGUUUUUUGGUUCUUUUUUGUAUUUGAUUAUUCGUGUCUUCUCCUCAGUAUAGAGCUUCUUUUUUUUUUUUAGAUUAGAUAUACUUUUACAUUGUACAUACAUCUUUUUUUUUUCUAUUUA